UAUGAACCAGAGUGUGUCCACAAAAAAACGUUAAGAAAUAUACAAGCCUUAUGCAUUACAUCAUUGCAGAGAAAUAGAAAUAGCAUCACACCCAUGCACAAAUCGCCUGCUACAGACAUACACAUAAUAUGUAGCUAGUUGUCUGGUUUUUUAUCAUAAUAAUAAUAGUCUUCAUAACAAUUGGUACAUAGGUUCUCCAACUCUGGUUUGGCAUAGAAGGAACAGCCAGCUGUCUUGCAUAGUACUCUCACGGCUGGUGCAGUAGUCUCAUCAGCAGAUCUAGGUACCCCGGCCUGAAGUCCAAUGGCGCCCCAU